UAGAGAGAACACUUAAUGAAAUCCUAUAGUGAGGAACUUUAGAUAAUGAUAUUAAAGAUGAGUGACUCCCUAACGGUCAUUUUUGGAUUGGCAUAUUCGACAAAGUCAUCAUUUCUUUUCCUAACUAUGGCCUUUGAAUAACAAUGAAGGAAAAGUAACCUUGCCAUAUUGGAAAAUUUCUGUGAAGGUAGAACUCAGGAUCAAUUUGGUUUCUGCUGGGCCAAUUUUUCAAUGGAAAAUUUCCUAAAUUGAUUUUAAGCCGCUUCUGGAGGGUCUAAUAUUACAUGCAUUGGAUCAUUGGCUAACAUUUUUGCAUGCUUAGAGACAGAUUUGAAAAAAAAAAACAGAUGCAUGAAUUUUGCAAUUCUGUAAAUGUGGGUUUGGUUAGAUCAAAUAUUUAGGAGUGGAAGAUGAGUUUCUUUUCAUGUUGCACGUCACAAGAGAAGAUAGACAAGAGCCCAUUGAAAAGGAGCAGUAAGAACUACCAUCACGCAAAAGCUCUGCCAUCGUUAGCCAGCUUGUGUUUUAAAUCUGGUACCAGCAAACGGAGGUACAUAGAAGAAGAAAUAGCAAAAAUUGGGAAAGGGAAUAUUACCUCUCAGACUUUUUCUUAUCACGAGCUAUGUGUUGCAACUCGGAACUUUCACCCUGACAAUAUGAUUGGGGAAGGAGGCUUUGGAAGGGUAUACAAAGGACGCCUCAAAAACAUAAAUCAGGUUGUUGCUGUGAAGAAACUUAAUAGGAAUGGAUUCCAAGGAAACAGGGAAUUUCUUGUAGAGGUUUUGAUUUUGAGUCUCUUGCAUCACCCUAACCUUGUCAAUUUGGUAGGGUAUUGCGCAGACGGUGAGCAAAGGAUUUUGGUAUACGAGUACAUGGCGAAUGGCUCUUUAGAAGAUCACCUUCUUGAACUACCUCCGGACAGAAAGCCUUUGGAUUGGCGUACAAGAAUGAACAUUGCAGCAGGUGCAGCUAAAGGACUUGAAUAUUUACAUGAAGUCGCAAAUCCGCCUGUGAUAUACCGUGAUUUCAAAGCAUCAAACAUACUAUUAGAUGAAAACUUCAAUCCAAAGCUCUCUGAUUUUGGACUUGCAAAGCUUGGUCCAACUGGUGAUAAAACUCAUGUAUCUACCAGGGUGAUGGGAACUUAUGGAUAUUGUGCGCCUGAGUAUGCCUCAACAGGUCAAUUGACUACAAAAUCAGAUAUAUAUAGCUUUGGAGUAGUGUUUCUAGAGAUGAUCACAGGAAGAAGAGCAAUUGAUCAGUCAAGACCAUCUGAAGAGCAAAACUUAGUCACUUGGGCACAACCCCUAUUCAAAGACAGAAGGAAAUUUUCAUCAAUGGCUGAUCCAUUGCUGAAAGGGAACUACCCAACAAAGGGUCUACACCAAGCCCUAGCAGUUGCAGCAAUGUGUAUUCAGGAGGAAGCUGAUACCAGACCUUUGAUUAGUGACGUAGUUACAGCUCUUGAUGUUUUAGCAAAGAGGCAUAUACAAGUGGGAAGACAACAACGUUCAAAAGAUUCUUUUUUCGAGCAUGGGGAAUGCAGUUGACAAAACGAACCUGAAAACAGUUGAGGAUUACACAAAAGGACAAUGAAUGAAAAAGCAGCUGCUAAUGAAGUUUGAGAAUCAUUCUAUAAAAUUUCAUCAUGAUGGCACUUGGUAUCAUUAUGAAAAUCAAAAGAAUUACAUACUUUUGUAUGUUCAAGAUUUAUUGAUUAGUAGUAUUAGAUAUUGAUAAUAGAAUGACAAGAUUGUUACCAGAUUCAUAAUUGCCUACUCUUUGAGAUUCUCUAAUCAAUACUGUUACAUGGGGCAAUACACUUGUAAUGUCUGAAAAUUCACCCAUUUCAGGAUACAGUGUAAUGAAGGGUUGAAUGAAGAUGGCGUAGGGCUCUAUGAUGCUCUGAUAAU